GUCUGACAUAUGGCAAACAAAAACAGCUGAUAUAACCUCUCUCGUUGGUUUAUGUCCUUCAAUAUUUUGUGCCGAACAUUAAUUGGAUUUAAAAAAGUACUAACCAUGACCAACAGCACUGUUGCUUCGAGCAGCUCGACUUCAACGGCUACAAAGCAAAAUCAACAACAGUUAGAAAUCAAAGAUAAGGUGAAAGUGUUAUGUCUCCACGGCUAUCGUCAGAACGGUGAUGCGCUGAAAAACAAAUUGGGCUCUUUCCGCAAAUUUGCUGGCAAAUAUGCCGAGUUCGUUUUUCUGACAGCACCACACCAAGCGCCUCCACUAGAAGCAAGUGGCGAACCAGUGCCAGAACAGCGCAGCUGGUGGGCAAAUAAAGACGAUGGCACUUUCAAGGGCACCAACAAAGGUGGACCGGCAUUUGGUUUUCAAGAAAGCUUACGCUUAGUUGAAGAAACAUGGAAAACACAAGGGCCCUUCCAAGGUCUUUUAGGUUUCUCUCAAGGCGCAUGCUUUGUUGGAUUAAUAUGCGGCUUAGCCAAAAAGAAGUUAACUACCGUUCGCCCUGAUUUUGCCAUAAUCGCUUCUGGCUUCAUUUCCGGAAGUUUGGUACACAAGAGCGCUUAUGAGGAAUCCAUCACAAUACCAACACUGCACAUAUACGGUCUUACCGAUGAUAUCAUACCAAAAGAGAUGAGUAAAAAUUUGGCUGCGUACUUCAAACAAGCUGAAGUAUUAGAACAUCCAGGGGGGCACUACUUCCCAGCGACGGCACAACAAAAGCAGACAUAUAUCAACUUUUUCCAAGAUCGAUUGCAAGAGUACUUAGAAAACUUGGAGCUACAGCAAGCGACGAAUGCUACAUUCACCGAAGCGGUUGACCAACAAAGUACGGCCGUUAGCAGUAGCAGCGAGAACUCUGAUUAGGGAGGCUUUUGAAGGGUCUAAAGAGGCGCGUGUAUUUGUGGUGUUUUUGGUGUUAAAGCAGCACAUAAAAUACAAGUAUUUUCUUUUGAUUUUUUAAUAAUUAAUUCUUAUUAUUACAAUUAUGUUAAUUAAUUAAUAAAAUUAACCGAAUAUAUAGUAA